CAAAAAGUCCGCCACGCCGAAACCACCACGUCCGUGUGCGCCGUUCCACGUUAUAAACCGCCUCCCGCGCGCGCCCCACACAUACUCCCAAAGCCAGGCAAAGGCAAGACCUCCUCUGUGCCAGACGCAAACGCACGCGUUCACGAGGUCCGUGCAGUGCCAGUGCGCUCUCUCGCUCGCAUGGCCGCGCCGGCGACCAACAUCCGGCGGGCGGAGCUGUGCGCCGCGGCCGUGUCGGCCGCGGACGCGGCGUCGUGGUGGUGCGCCGUGGCGCUCGUCGCGCUCGUGCUGCUGGGAGCGCUCAGCGCGGAGACCGCGGACGACGACGACGGGGAAGGCGGCGCCGCGGCCUACUUCCGCGGCCCGCGGCUCGGCGGCGCGGCGGCCCGGCCGUGCGACGAGGUGUACGUGGUCGGGGAAGGCGAGACGCUGCACACCAUCAGCGACAAGUGCGGGGACCCGUUCAUCGUGGAGAGGAACCCGCACGUGCACGACCCCGACGACGUCUUCCCGGGGCUCGUCAUCGCGCUCCGGCCGACCAAGAACACCUAGGCUUUGGCCGCCUGACAUGGGUGCUACUACUCCUACUUCGUAGGCGCGCGGGGAUGAGCGAUGGCUUCAAGAGUUUUGCUGUUAUCCCUGCCUCUUUUCGGUGGUUGAUUUGAUUGAUAGUUUCCUUGUCAACUGCUCAUCUUCAUCUUGAUGGAGUUUUCCGUGAGAGGAGAGAAAAUGACAACUUGUAUAUAUUAAGAGGACCGUGAGGGUUUUUCAUGAGUACUACUACAAAUUCAUAA